AUGUGGAGGCAGGUGAUAACACGAUUCGGGAUACCAGAAGUCGUCAUCUCGGACAACGGCACACAGUUUACUGACAAGAAGUUCACGGAAUUUCUCAGCGGCCUGGGUGUAAGGCAAAGGUUCUCUUCGGUAGAACACCCUCAGACGAACGGACAAGUGGAGUCCGCCAACAAGGUUAUCCUUUCAGGGCUAAAAAAGAGGUUGGACAAUAAAAAGGGUGCUUGGGCCGAUGAACUAGCAGCGGUUCUCUGGUCCUACCGAACGACCGAACAGUCAUCUACUAAAGAAACUCCUUACCGGCAGACGUACGGUGUGGACGCGGUAAUACCCGUGGAGAUCGGGGAACCAAGCCCGCGGUUGCUCCUAAAGGGAGUGGAGGAAACCGUAGAAAAGGACCUGAUAGAUGAAGCCAGGGAGAUGGCCCAUUUGAGAGAAACGGCGCUAAAACAAAGAGUGGCUCUGCGCUACAACACCAAAGUGCUCAAGAGGGAAUUCGAGCCAAACGAUCUCGUCCUGAGACGAAAUGAUAUCGGCCUGCCGACCCCUGGAGAAGGCAAGCUAGCGGCCAACUGGGAAGGCCCAUAUAGAAUCAAGAAAGCGAUGGGAAAAGGAGCAUUCAAGCUAGAAAGACUUGACGAUAAACCACCACGACCAACGACGACGCACGUCCCCGGGACUGAUCACCCCGGGAACCCGCUAAACCACAACCGGAACCACUACGCAAAAGGCCAUGAGCCAUCGACAUAA